UGUCAUUACCCGGUGCUGGAACUAGUCCAACUGAGCAGCAGCAAACUAUACUUGAAGUGAUCAACAACAAACACACACAGCCGCAAGCAACAGAAGACGGAUCGUCAGCAGAGACCACAUCGCAAUCUGCAGCAGUAUCGAGCCCUGCAAUAACGGUUACAGCCGCUCCAAGUGCUUCAGUCAAUGCGCCGGUGUAUGUAGAGAAGUCGUCAACGGAAGUGGAUACCUCGGACACAGCGGGGGCCAACGAUGAUGAUCUAGUCAGCAGCAAACAUAGUCUAACUAACAACGAAACUAGUUGUAGCAACGAAAGUGCAACGAGCCAAAUACCUAAUUCGACCGAAAGGGGCGACACAGAAGCGACGAAAGAAACUAUUUCACCACCGCCAACCGUUGCGAGACAAUGCAGCAGUAAUAGCGGCAGUGCCGAUCAGGGUCAUGUACUUGAUAUUGAAUCUCAUUUAAUAGAGACAUACGACGAGUAUCAAACACCUGACGACAGUGUUGGGAUAAACGAAUUGCCGCCUCAGCAAGAUGAAUUGAUACGAGGUUCGUCGAAAAUUGAGACGGAAGUGAAUUUGCGGACGGUAAUCGAAGUGGAACCGGCGGGCGCAAUAUCGAAAAAACCUAUUGAGUCUGUGGUGCAGACGAGACAAGCGCAGCGAAUUGCUGAAGCCGAAUCAAAAAGCGAAACGAAAACUCUGAUCGAAACGGCGACCGUGCCAGAACCGGAGGCGGCGGAACGUAUAGAACCGUCUGUGGCUAGCGACGCGAUUAAAGAGGCCGCCGAGAGGCUAGUGAAUGAAAUAGAACGUGAAGUGUUGGAGGCACUUCAAAAGUGCGAAGCAAAAAACGAACUUAAAGCUAACGCUGGAGCUAACAAACCGACGGAGGUAAAAACUGAGGCCUCCACGGCGGAAAUACUUUACCGAAAAGAAAAAGAAGAAAAGACUGAACAAACCACUUCAUUACUAGACGAAAUAAGCAACUCACUGUCACAAAAGGUCGAUGCACAGUUGUCGGAAGUAACGAGCAUACUCAAGUCAUCGAAACCAAGCCACGCCGCCACACAAUUGAGGAGCGACAGCAACGGUGAAGCCUUAAAAGUUGACGUCGAUCAAACAAAACCAAACGAGCUUAAAAUUGUGAACGUGCCUUCACCGAAAACACCGUCGGACGUACAGGACCGUAAGCUGUUUUUGGAGUCUUUGCCGCACAUCGAUAGCAACGCAGAGGCGCAGAAACUUGCCGACGAUUGCAAGCGCGAAUACUAUCAGUCAUUGAAGAAGUACCUUAUACAGAGCCACACUGACCGACCACCAGUACCACUGCAGACAUAUCGGUGGGAGGAUCUACGGCGCGCAAAAGAUCGGGGCGGUUAUCCUUGGACACACCUGUACAAACGUCCGCUUGGACCAGACGAGGAGCCGGAAAUUGUGCUACUCUUGCGAAAGUCCCAAGAAUUUCGAUUUGUUUCAGAGUCUCCUAAGUCAUUGAAGAAGGUUCGCAUUGACGAGCAAGUUGUUGUGAAGCAACCCGAGCGGUAUAUACAAGAACUAUCCGAAGGCGAAGAAGACUAUCUGCAAUCGGCGCCCGAAGACGAAGAAACACACAGCUUACGCAGCGAAAGCAUUUCUUGUGUCUCUGACUCUAUACUCGCAACUGGCAGGCCCAGAAAGCCCACUCGGUUGGAUAAAAUUCGCGGUUAUCUCCGACGUCGUAAGGGUGGACGCUCGAACGAAGACGCACAAUCACUGCCUUGCGCGUCGACCAGCAGUAGUCGACACCAUAGCCAGGAAAAUAUACCGCAACCUAAUCCCCAGAUACUUGUUAACGGUAAGAAUACAGAACAGAAGCAUUGCUACCCCAUAAUGAAGAAGUUGAAAAGCAUGGCGGACCGCCAAAAGAAACGGCUCAAUAUACGGCGUAUUCAUUUGGGCAAGGACGAGAAGAUUGUGCUAGGGGAAGAAACGAAAAUUCUCAAAUUAAAGAAGUCUCCAAAAGCAGAACGUGGCGAAAUACCUCACUUCAUAGAGAAACAAGAUUCGGACGAUGUACUGGAAAUAAUGGAGCUAGACGAGUCACCAAGUCGAAAGCGCAGGGAUGAUGGCAGACAAGAAGAAGAAAAUUCCUCUCAUCAUGCGGAUCAACCAAUGGAUACAAAUGAGUCGGAGGCAGCUGGCAUUGUUGUGCCCGAUGAGAUAAUCGAAAUUCCCGAUUCGUUAAAAGAUGGCAGAGCGACGCCAACUAUCAGCACUGCAUCCACCGCAAACGAGCCAGAUGUAACAGCAGACGUAAGUGAGAGCAUAUCUACUCCGCCGACUGAGGUUGUGGCGACUUCUGCCCCAGCGCCAAGGAAAGCCCCACGUCUGCGACGAGAACACGUCUAUGAAGAAAUAGAGUCGGAGGUGCAGGCGGAAGCUUUGGCUCAGCCUGCGGCUGGAGACGCUAAUAUACUGCCGCUAGGGGCUGUUGAGGCACUUAAACAAUCAUUGGCCAAGCAAGACAGCUCAACAUUAAGGCAUAUUGAAGAAGGAGCAAAGUCUCUGCCACUUGAUCGAAUGGGCAGCAGUGAGGAGGAGCAAAUUGCUGGCGCCGCCGCUGCUGGAACGUCAGCCAUUGAUAAGCCAGCCAUGAGUUUGCUCGCGCCGCUCUCAUCCAUCGACUCUGCCUCAUCGGACGAGGAUCGGAAUCGCACUCAACUAUCCCCAGUAACGGAAGAAAGUGAUGCGGCUAGUGGGGAUAUUAAUCUUCGCAUUGUCGAAGAUCACGAGCCAUUAGAUCUAAAGUCAGCUAUUAAGAAGGAGCCAUCACCAGCUCCGUCCGACAAGAAGGUAACAUUCUCGCAUGUUGAGGACGAAGCGGAGCCCCAUCGAGAGGACAUCGAAUUGCCAACGGAAGUGCAAGAGGCCACGCAAGAGGCCGCUCAGCGAAAGAAAUGGACGAAGAUGAGAUGUUCGUUAGCGUUCGAGUGUAUCAAUGAAUUAUUUCAAUUGUGCCCAACUCAGUAA